AUGACCGAAAAUAGGGGCUUCUGGAUAAGGGAACCAUUUAUGGAGUAUUCCAAUCCUGAACUUCUGCAGCUUGCAUCAUACCUGGCUCAGCACGACGUUGCCUUCAGCAAUCUUCCCCAGUAUCCAACCGAAGACUCAGAGGAUCGUGACACAGAAUCUAUCGAGGCGGUAAAACCGAUAAUCAGGCAUGAAAGCCACAGAGCAGUGUCUAAUCGACCUCCAUUGCGAACCUGUUCACCACCCGUUAGGGAUAAAAACUUGAAUUAUCCUCAGCGCAAACCCCUUCAUGCUCCAACAGAACGCCAACUGAAUGCCUCAAAAAUAUCACAGUUGAGGCAGCUCAUAAAUAAGUCAAAGGCUGCUCUGCUGGAUUUAGAUUCGGACAUAUUGGGGGAGAGAGCUGCCGUCAAUUUGCACAUGCCACCCACUGGAAACAAGAUGUCUGUACGUUACCGUCUACCAAGGGGGGCUGUUGCAUCCAGUGGUGUUUUGAAGCCUUGUGUUCGGUUGCUUGGUGAGAAAGGAGCUCGGAAAGGGAAAAGAUCUGCUUUGGGGCGUCGGGUCGAUGAGACAGCCAGCGCGUACCACAAGGCACAGCUUUUCGUCACCCUGCAAGAUGUAGAACGCAUGACACAGAUCUUCUCUCUUCCUGAAUCACCGAGAGUGGAUACCGUUCCCGGCUUUCGAUCACAAAAAUAUUCCCAGUAUCAACGAAAGUUUCCGCCUGAAUUAGUAGCCUUCCUUGAAAAGUGGGGAGCAACAUUGGAAGUCCAUGGUUCAAAUGCAAUCAAAGGGAUCCGCAUAUCCCCCUCACGCGGUUGUUUCCUUGAUUCACUUUCGGAAUCUUCGUCUGCAUCAAGUGAUUCUAUUGAAAAAUUCAUAAGAAAUUACGCAAAGCAACAGGCGCCUUACCAAAAUCAAACCCUAGGAACCAGAGAAGUUGAACAAAAUCGUCACGAUUCGCCGAGAACGUGUCAUUUCGAGUACUCCUCAAGAGCGCAAUGUAUUCCAAAGGUAAAAACCCCACUAACAGAAGAACCCUCGAUAGCCUCCACUUAUCAGACUCUUCGAUUACCGGUUGAGCAGUACCGGCGGUUGCUGGCAGAUAGCAGAACCACAGAGGCUGCGCAUGAGGAGCGCUGGCGACGAGGUGGUUUGGCAUCCAACACCAUCUUUCUUUCGCGCCUCUGCGACUGGCUAGCCGAGGAGAUCGUAGACUCCUGCAUUGAAACGGGCACCAACCUCAUUGACUGCUUCUCCAAUGAUAUUAUUGAUGAACUUUUCCGUCACGAAUUGGUCACCUCCCCCUGUUCUCCAUGGGACAGUUUCAGCGGUCUUGCAGGGUCACCGCAACUUCAACAGACCUCUAUUUUGCAGCGUCUGCUCCCGCCUGCCCCUUCUGAGGCCCCCAUUGAGCUGAAUCAACACAAGGCGUCCUCUGGGAAAUGUUUUGCUCAUCAAGAUUCAACAGAGAGGAAAAUACUCACACUGAAACAUGGUAGUUGUUCUACGACUGAAUCAGAAAGGCCUCCACACACGCAGCCAUCGGCGGAGGACUGCGUUGCAACACAGGAGACCCGCAAGUCGGUUCUUCAACCACUCGUCUAUCAGCCUCAAAACGCACUCAGUCCUAUUGAAGAGGUAUCUGCACCAUCUUUCUUGCCUAGGAAUCCUCUACAUGAAAGCGUCAAGCUCACUACACUAGAAGACGUUCGAUUUCAAACGACUGGGCCCGCAAUCCGUCCACCACAGUCGCUUCACGCUGAGAUAAUCGAAAGCGCUCCUUCAGGCGCAAAGACUUCGAUUCCUGUUGAGUGCGAAACACCACCUGAUACUUCAACCAGAGGCAGUCCUAUCGAAACCUCCUCGAAUUCGAGGAAAAGUCUUAAACUCAGUGAAGGUUUGCGCAUGAAGAGUAGUUCUGUCUACGGGGAGGUCCAUUAUAAAAACUCGCUAUCAGGCACAGAAGUCCUGGCCCCAAUAAUGGCUAACAAGGAAGUAUCCUGCAGAGAAAACCGAAAGCGGUCUAAUGUUGUCCCAGAGCCAGAGAGUAGUUUGAAAGAAUUUCCAAAGUCUAAUGAACCACAAAGCAUUCAGGACAAUUGCUCUGUCACGCUGCCUAUCACAUCGGAAGGCCUCUCAUCGCCCAAACCCGUAAAACUCCACAAAAAGCCACUUUCAAUUGAUCUGGUCUCCUCACUCACAUAUACUUCGGUCCCAGACAUCAGCACUCCUGAUGUUCCGAUCUCAACGAAUAGUGAAACCCUCCAAGAGAAGACCUUGUCUCUAAGCAAUGUAACCGCCUCCACGAUUGAGGCCAGUGACGGCUAUGCGGACGAUUUUGAAUCGACCGGAGAGGCAAACCAAGCCGAGAAAUCCGUAAACUAA